GCAGAACAUCUUACAGUUAGAGGCUUCUACUGCUUAAUCAUGGAACAAAUUGCCAAAUGUGGUUUCUUUUUUGUUUUCAUUUUCCUUUCAUCUGUGAACAGUGAUAUGAUCACUGUCUCCAAUGGAGCAAAAUGGGGAGACUGGCAGUUCAAGGACAUGUGCCCAGAAGGAACAUAUGCCCGUGGAUUCAAUUUGAAGGUGGAGGAGCAGCAAGGUAGAGGAGAUGACACAGCACUGAAUGCUAUCCGUCUAUACUGUUCAUCUUCUCCAUCAUCAAAGCCAGACCAAUACAUUCAGUCUGGAGCUGGAAGGUGGGGAAGCUGGACAAAUGUACAGUGGUGCAGUUAUGGAUUCCUGACUGCAUUCAAAUUGAAAGUGGAAAAGUACCAGGGAUCUGGAGAUGACACAGCUGCCAAUGAUAUCAUAUUCAAAUGUUCUAAUGGAGAUUUCAUUCCCGGCAAUGGUCAGAUCUGGGGAGAAUGGGAGGAAACCAGUAAUUCUUGCUCAAAAGGCAUCUGUGGAAUUCAAACUAGAAUCGAAGAGCCUCAAGGAGAUGGAGAUGACACCGCUCUCAAUGAUGUGCGCUUCUUCUGUGACUAGUCCUCCACGAUAACUUCAUAUACUAAUAAAAAUAUGAAGUGUUUUUAUGUUUAUCCCAUCUGCAUUUGUGCCACAUAAAGGGUUGUUUAAAUCCACACAUACUGAAGGUAUUUUCACGCAUUGCAUCACUUCCCCCAACCAAUCUUUUAAUUUUCAUUACCUUCACUAAUUAUUUGUACAAGUGAACUGGUUUAAUAUCAAGGGUCCUGCCACAUGACACUGCAGCUUUAAAUAGCUUCAUCAUUUACUUAAGAUACUUUAUGAUGAUAGGGUAUAUGAUGUUAAACAAACGUCCUUAGAGUUUAAAAUGUAUUGUACUAAACAUGCAUGCUGUUUACUUGUUAAUUGUAAUGCCUUUAAUGGGAAGAUAUUUAAGAUAUCUAAAUAAACAUGUAAUGUGUUGGCUGUAUCAGAAGAUACUCUUGGUUAUGUUGUAGAAUUACAAACAAGAUGAAAAAUAAAAAUUAUGUGGUGCACUGUCAACUCUAA